UGGCGCUCAACUUGCCACGACAUCCAUCUCUCACCGCCUUUCCGAGAACAUGGAGACUGACUCUGGCGCCUCCUCUGCAGCUUCAAAGGGUGUCCGCAUGGUCCAUGCGAUAUAUCCAGAGCGGGACAGUCUUUUUCGUUCUAUAGCAGUUUCGAGCGAAGUCCUCAAAGCGAAUAAGAAGUAUUUCGGCGUACAAUGUACGCAAUGUGGGACAGAAAUGAAGAAACUUUUGAAAUGCGCAAAGUGUAAGAGCGUCUGGUAUUGCUCAAAGGAGUGUCAAAAGAAAAAUUGGUCCACCCAUAAACCGACAUGCCGCGCAGAUGAGCGCUCCUCUGGGCUCUACAAACUCGUACGAAUGUUCAGUGUGAAUCCAGUGCUCAUGGGGUAUCUCAAGUGCGGGAUCGUCUUUGAGUGCGGCCUACUUGGCAAUCCCCGGAUCGGAUUUGACACGCCGUUCUUGGCGCGCGUUGAAAUCGCCAUCGAGCCGAGUGAUCCUCUCAAUUUUGGUGGAUUGUAUGUCAACGACCCGACUGUAGAGGAAAAGCUUGAAGGGAUGUUACAAGUCAAUGCUAUCACUCCGUGGCCGAGCCCAAGCAUGCAAGCUCGGCUUACACCAAAACGACUCAACACAUGGCGUGAAGCUCGAGCAAGGUAUAAUGCAGAGGGUUUCGCCGAAGAUCCUGUUGGACUCGUAGAGUUCAUUGGUCAUAGGUGUACUGACGACUCAACGAACUCAAUGACCGCUGAGUUGCACAUCCCCAAGAUGACUCUUCUCGGCGCGAUGACACGCGCCCCUUUCACGUUUGUCUCUGCUAUUACGGGCAUUCACAAGAAACCCUUGAGCGCUGCGUCGUGCCUAGAGUUCAUCAACUCGCACAUUCGGGCGGAUAAACAAAAUCAGUUGUUUUUGCGGACUGAGAUGACAGAGCAAGACAAGGAAGUUAUCCGUGCUGCAGGUCGCAACGAGGACACGUUUUCCGUUCGUAUUCUCAAAGAGAAGAUGGAGAGAGAACAACUUUAUGCUGGUUUCUUGCAAUUGACAAGACCAGUAGUUACCUAAGGAAAAUACUAUUACGAGUCAUUACGCAAGUUAGCCUUGUACCAUUAAAUGCUUAGUAUCGCGCCGAUGCCUUACUCAGGUUAGAUCCGAUAUUAUGUAUGACGUCUUUUGAAAUUGGCCGCGUAAUUAAUUCAUAUAAUUGCCAGUGCAAUCGUGGUCCUUUGGCAUUAAUUACGAUGGGUGGAUGAGUAGUAAGGAUCCCGUCUUUGGACUAGGUCAAAGAUACGUCCUAUUGGGUGAUUUCAAAAGGAUCAAAUGUG